AUGUUGAGCAGCGUGACUCAGUCGGCUGGUGGGCAGAAAACGUACUUCAAACAUACGGAGUUCGAAUCCGGCAAAGCCGGCCGCCUUCUAUUACGUUUCUACGAGCCAACAUCCGGUACAAUUCGAAUUGAUGGUCGUCCUAUUCAAGAGUACAAUCUCACAUGGUUGAGACAACAAAUUGGUGUAGUUAGUCAAGAACCGAUCUUAUUCGGCACGACCAUCUAUGAAAAUAUUCUCUACGGCAGCAAUCAGAAGGACAAAAUAACGAUGAGUGAAAUAGAAGAAGCAAGUAGACAAGCGAAUGCACAUGAGUUUAUCAUGAAAUUACCAAAUGAAUAUAAUACAGUGGUCGGUGAACGUGAUAUACAAUUAAGUGGAGGACAAAAACAAAGAAUCGCUAUUGCUCGAGCACUCAUCAGUAGUCCAAAAAUAUUGCUCUUCGACGAAGCAACAAGUGCAUUAGAUAAUCUUAAUGAAAAAAUUGUACAAGAAGCUAUUGAUAGAGCAUGUAAAGGUGAUGAAGACAAUGGGGACGAUUUAUCAAUUGUGAGGGAACCUUACGAGCAAGAAAGUUGUACCAGAAAUAUUCACCGCCAUUUUAGCGAAGAAAGUAUUGAUGAUGAUAAAAAUGAAUCCGGCGAAAGUAACGUGAGUAACAAUUCCUCUGAAGAAGAGACAGAUCUGAAAGAACAGUUACAGAAAGACAAGAAAGCGCGAGAUAAACAUCAAAUAGCGUACGAACGAGCGUUUCUUGAUAAUGAAACCGGCAAGUUAAAAGAAAAUAUAGAGGUAAUAUGUGCACAAAAUGGUCGGGGUAGAAAAUUGGCACCUUCAUUGAAGAAGAUUCUUGAUUCAGUUCCCAAAGAACAAUUAGAACAUUUGGCUAAAUUUGCUGUUCGAAUAGGUGGCAGGUAUGAGCAUGGCGCCGUUAGAAAUCUUAUAACUGGAUCUGGUAUGAUUAUUGCUGAAUGCGUCAUAACUGUCACACAUCUGUUUAAUCCGAUUGAAUUAGAUGAACAGAACGAGAUUGUACCUUAUUCUCGAAUAAUAUUUACCACAACGACAUUAGCUCCGGUCUCUAGCCCAUUACAAGCUCAAUUUUAUUUUGAAUGGAUAAUUAUUGAUUAUAAUUGUUUUGCAAUGUAUUUAAGGCAAAAUAAAACUGCCCCAAAAAAACGUCUAAGUAUCACGAAAGGAAGCACUUUUUUUUUCUUGGCCGUUAGACCAAUAACUGGAAAAGAACAAAUCCAAAUUGAUUCUCCAUUAUUUUUAUUGUCAUACUGUUCGUUAUUAAAUAAGAACGAAGACAUUAACUUUUAUGAAGGUUGCUCGCACAGUACCAAAUAUACACGUGAAAAUUUAAUAACAGCAAUGCAUCCGGAACAUUUAAGCGUAUCAUUGGGUAAAUGCUUGACAAUUGACGAUAAUUUUAUUCGCUAUGAUUGUCCGUCACUCAAAGGUGCUAGUGGUGAUGUUCUCCUCAAUAAAAUGGGUCGAUUAGUCAGUAUACACACGGGAGUUACACCAAGCGAUAUUUAUUACAAUAAACAAGGUGAAAAACGACUAGUAGCGAUUGCACUCAAUCAAGCAUUGCCAUCAUAUUCAAAUUUAUUUAAAUCAUUAGUCGAAACAAAUAUUCCAGAGUGGAAAUAA